AUGGCGGGGCUUGACUACUAUGAAGAAUACCAGAAGGGCCUCCGCCACGCUCUAAGCUGGAAGGACCUCGCAGAGGAAGAGUAUUACACCGAGCCUACAACUCUUGACCAGCAAUAUAUACCGGUCUUUCAAGAGCUACAGACUAUAAAGAGACAGAGUAGAACAGUAGCUCAUAUUGAAGAAGAGCUCGGGCUUAAACUAAUGGACAGAUAUAUAAACAUGAGUCAAACGCCGACUUCAUGGAGAGGGGUUUGGUGUCAUCUCACUGGCGCAUGGUACACGGCCAAAUAUGUUAGAGCAGCCAAUCUAGUUCCAAAAACCCCGAGAGGUGAUGAACUAAAGCACCUCUUUGGAGUAGGGGAAGUUUUUCUAGAGGACCCAAGGAAUGGCAUCACCCUUUGGAGGACCCUUGAGCAAGGACUAGAUAAUGGCACUAUUGCUAUUAUCCUGAGAGCAGAGUUGGACGACGUUUAUGGGAACUGGGCGGCAAAGAGCUUACAUUCCUUACCGACAAUCGCCCCGCUAAGAGGUAUUGUCAGAAUCUGCCAUUCGGCCAAAAGGGCGAGCCCGCACCAAUUGGCGGCAGAGAGACUGGUUAUAUUUGACAGAUAUUUGUCCUUCCAUUUCGCGAUCACAUCCCUAUACGCAAAGAAGAGAGGUGACACUCAAUGGGUAGAAAAUAUCGAAAGCCGCAAGAUUCUAUGGGCAUCAAUGGGGCCAUACCUUGCAGUCUCUCUUGGGAGGGAUAUUUCCGGCCUCGAACUACCCAAUGAAUUUAUCAUGGGGAAAACAUUCGACUUGCCAGCACCCGCCCCUGAAAAUGACCUUGCGCUGGCUGCUAGUUUACGAGCAGCGAUGAUACGCUCGACACGAGCUGCAGAUGAGGGCAAUGGAAGAUGA